AUGUCGUUUUUGUUUGACCUUUCUUCAUUCUUAUUGAUGCCCGAGCCUAUCCUACAAGAGGACAUGGACAAACUUACCAGCCAAAUCAAAGAGCUUGAGUUGGAAAACACUCAAUUACGAGUCCAACUUAAUCGUGCCAAAGAACGUAACCACGUCUUGGAGGAUAAGGGUAAGCAAAUUUGUGAAAAAUUCAAAGAUAGUAAGAAGAGGCUCCGAUUAGCCGAGGGACAAAGAGUUUGGGUUGGUGGAGCUCUACAAGGAGCUAAUCCUGAGCUAGACUUCUGCAACGAUAAGUUGGAUCAAGCGUCUCGAAUCAUCAAGGACCUUGAGAAUACUGUCGAGAGGUCUAAUGCCAUGAAGAAAGAAGCGAGGGAAGAUUAUGAGGCCCAUAUUAUCGAACUAAGGACCACUCUAAAAGAGUAUAAGGACCUUCUGGCCAAGGAACAACUAGAGAGAGAAAAGAUCCACCGAAGCUUCUUGUGUGAGUCGUUCAACCUUGGACGAGCUUGCGAGCAAAUCAAGAACUUAAAGAGGGGGAUCUAUGACCAAGCCUAUGUAGAGUUACAAAUCAACGGUAGACAUUAG